AUGGAAUCGUUGGAUGAUUUCGCUAUUGAACUGCAGAAUAUUGUGGAACAUUGUUCCGUAAGUCCUGAAACUGAAGCUACAUUAGUGCAAUCAGUGUUUGUGGCCGGACUAAAAAAUGCAAAAACUCGUGAGACAAUGAUUCGAGACGCCGAUCACACCAUGAAUUUGGCGCAAUUAUUGGAAAAAGCCAAGAACAUAGAGGUAGCCGCGGCAGAAGCGAAGAAGAUGACAUCGAAGAUCACGACCGAUAGCAUGAACUACGUGGAUACACAACGUCAUUACUCACGUAGACCUGAAAGCUUUUUGAAAUCUCCUAAACUCGGUGGGUCGCGACGGGAGGAGAUUUCUCAACACAGGGGCCAUGGAAGAGUUGAUAGGGAGACAGUGUGUUACAACUGCUACGGUAGAGGCCAUUUAUCGUACACAUGCACACAACCUAAAGCAAAAAAGCCUCGACCAAACUCUUUUACCAGUUCGAGUGCCAUAAGAAGAAAAAGAGUAUUUGUGGAUAGAAUUAAUCAGUUAGCGGCUGCUAUGUCUGAGCUGAAAACCCGCAUAGAUGACGAAGAGCUAGAAUCAGAGGAAGAGCUUUACGAAGCUGAUCAGGGAAACGGAUUAUCGGAAAAUAGGGUAAAUAAUGUUAUCAUCGGUAAGUCAAAUGAUACCACUCCAGCGUUUGUGGAGUUGAAAAUCAACGGGGAGAACACAGUGAUGGAAUGUGAUACAGGUGCUUGUGUUACAAUUUGCUCUAGUCAUUUAUACGAAGAUAAAUUUUCACAUCACAGGCUCUUGCCCGUUGAUCAAAAGUUAUCGGUGAUAUCAGGUGAUAGAAUUUGCGUGUUAGGCAAAAUAGAAGUUAAAGUUCUCGUUGACGGUGAAACUGUACCAAUGUCUAUGGUAGUGGUCAAAUCACCUAAAAACUUUGCACCUCUAAUUGGUCGGAAUUGGUUAAAUCGACUGUGGCCUAAUUGGAGGAAAAUUUUCAAAAUAAACUCUAUUAGACAUAACAGCAGCGAAGAUCAGUGGGUGAAACUCUCAAUCAAACAUAUUCUAGAAAAAUUUUCUAAGGUUUUUGAUGAUGAUCUGAGUGAACCAGUUAGGGAAGUUACUGUCGAUAUUAAGAUGUGUGAUAAUGCUAAACCAUUCGUGCACAAACCAUAUACGGUUGCUCUUAAGUAUCGUGAGAAAGUCUCAGAACAUCUUGAUUUGCUUGAAUCUAAGGGUAUUUUGGAAAAAGUAACUCACGCUGAGUGGGCUUCACCAAUAGUGGUUGUAGUGAAACCAAACAAACGAGAUAUUAGGGUUUGCAUGGAUGGGUCGAAAACAGUAAAUCCCUAUAUUGUCACACACCAUUACCCUUUGCCUUUAAUAGACGAACUUAUUACAAACAAGAGUGAGGCUAAAGUAUUUGCAGUUAUUGAUCUCAGGGGUGCAUACCAACAGUUAGUUGUUUCGGAAAAUGCUAAACGAAUGUUAGUCAUCAACACGCACAAAGGGCUUUAUGCAUACACUCGUCUUCCUUUUGGAGUAAAACCGGCUGCUCAAAUAUUCCAAUCCGUAAUUGACCGAAUACUACAAGGUUUAUCGAAUGCACAAGCCUAUGUGGAUGACAUUCUCAUUUGGGCUAAGACUAAUGAAGAGCUUUUAGUGAAGAUUGAAAUGGUGCUAGAACGGUUGAUGAAACAUAACGUGAAAGUGAAUACUGAGAAAUGUCAAUGGUUUGUACCCGAGGUGAAAUAUUUGGGCCAUAUUCUGUCGGAGGCGGGAGUUUCGCCAAACCCGGAGAAAGUGGAAGCGAUCAAGGCCGUGCUAGAGCCUAAGUCAACUACACAACUAAAGGCAUUUCUCGAAACGAUUAUUAGUGAUAACGGACCACCAUUCAACAGCAAAGAGUUUCAACAUUAUUGUAACACAAGAAACAUAACACACAUCACAUCGCCUCCAUACCAUCCCGCUAGCAACGGUCUAGCCGAACGAGCGGUGCAAACCAUCGACAAUAAUAUAAAAAAAUUUCUACACCAUCACCAUCAAACUCCGACUACCGAUGAUGGCAUUAUUCCUUACCAUCGAAUUUUUGCAUUCACCCCGCGAACACAAUUAUCUACAAUCAAACCAUGUAAAAAUGAAGCUACUAACAGUAAUGAACUUAAACAAGCUAAAAAGACAUUUAAAGAGCAAGAAAAGGUAAUUCAUACACAGAAGAUCAACGGAAGAGCCUUCAACAACGAAGCAUUUAAACAAAGUUUGGGGAUAGGAAUCACCAUAGAUUGCUGGUUAAGAUACGGAACAUUUGCAAAUCCAGGAUCAUUCAGAAACACAGCCAACAGUGAGCAGAAUGAAAAGACAACUGCAACUGGUGAUGCAUUAAAUGCAGAACCUCCAUCAAUGGACGUUGAGCUGGACCUGGAGCCGGAAGAUAUAUCCUACGUCAAGAAAACAACACAACGGGAAUAG